CCAAGCAGUGGGCUUACAUCAUGACUCUCCAAACUGAAAAGGAACUUGCAAAACUAUCCCAGACUGAGGUCCAAAUCACAACCAUGGAUCUCUACACGGUGGAUUGCCAAACACAAUUAGCUGAAUCCACCGGGGAAAUUAUUUGUGCUGUGGAACCCCCAAGAAGGUCGACGGGUAGAUUGUUAAUGCACAGCAUGGCGAUGUUUGGAAGGGAAUUUUGCUAUGCAGUGGAAGCCGCGUUUGUGACCCCGGUACUGCUUAGUGUCGGACUCCCCAAAAGACUUUACAGCUUAGUGUGGCUUCUAAGCCCAAUUCUGGGUUUCAUUCUGCAGCCAGUAAUUGGAUCUGCAAGUGACUACUGCAAAUCUAGUUGGGGCAGAAGAAGACCCUAUAUUAUUACCUUGGGUAUCAUGAUGUUGAUAGGAAUGACUAUGUAUCUUAAUGGAGACGCCGUGGUUUCAGCCAUUGUAAGUGAUAAAACUGUAAAGCAGACCUGGGCCAUAGCGAUUGUGAUGCUGGGAGUAGUGCUUUUUGACUUUGCAGCAGAUUUUAUUGAUGGACCUAUAAAGGCUUAUCUGUUUGAUGUUUGCUGUCAUCAGGAUAAAGAGCGGGGGCUUCAUUAUCAUGCCCUUCUAACUGGUCUAGGCGGUGCUCUUGGGUACUUUAUUGGAGCUAUGGACUGGGGACACACAGCCCUGGGGACUCUGCUGGGGUCGGAAUAUCAAGUUAUCUACUUUUUUUCAGCCAUCAUAUUGGGGGUAUUUCUGACUGUGCACCUGUUUAGCAUCCCAGAAGUUCCGCUGGGGAAACAAGAUUCUCUGAAUAAAGUGUCUGACACAUCCUUACUUUUAAAGCCCAACAUCCACAGUAAUGGUUAUGGGGCUGUGGUCAAAAUGCCAAAUGGUAACCAUGAGCCAGACAUACGACCCAGGUCUUUCUCAGCACUGAGCGAAACCAAUUUGAUUACACCCAGCGUUAAACAACCAAACCAAGAGGUUCAGAGGCGGGUGACCCUGAAGUCCCUUGUGACUGCCAUGUACAGUAUGCCUGUUCACUAUCGCUGUCUCUGUGUCAGUCACCUCAUUGGAUGGACAGCCUUUCUCUGCAAUAUGCUGUUCUUUACUGAUUUUAUGGGCCAGAUAGUGUAUAAAGGAGACCCUUAUGCUGAACAUAAUUCAACAGCAUACCAAACCUACGAAAGGGGGGUAGAGAUUGGAUGUUGGGGCAUGUGCAUUAAUGCUAUUUCUUCUGCCUUAUACUCAUAUAUCCAGCAGAUACUUUUACCCUACAUAGGAUUAAAAGGACUCUACUUUACUGGCUACUUCCUCUUUGGCCUGGGAACUGGUUUGAUUGGACUCUUCCCCAGUGUGUACUCCACUCUGACUCUGUGCACAGUUUUUGGUGUGAUGUCCAGCACUCUCUAUACCAUACCCUAUAAUCUGAUAUCUGAGUAUCACCAAGAGGAAGAGUUGCAGAGAAUGCAGGAGGGGAAGCCAGUGGAGGACAGCAGGGGCAAAGGCAUUGACUGUGCUGCCCUUACCUGUAUGGUCCAGUUGGCUCAGAUCAUUGUGGGAGCAGGACUAGGAGCACUGGUGAACCUGGCAGGCAGUGUGGUGGUUAUUGUUAUCUGUGCCUCUGCCGUGUCCCUGUCGGGCUGUCUCUUUGUUGCUCUCUUUGUCAGAUAUGUGGAAUAUAAAUAAACAUUUAGUAUU